GACGUUACGUGACAUAAAGGCCAGAUGUAUGUUGCGUAAGUUGAUUCCUCAUGAGUGCUGCUGUCCUCACGCAGCACAAAACUCCAAGGUCCAAACAUAGUUAGUGAUUCUUGUCCGGCAGAGACAGUCCUUCCUGACCAGGUCAGCAGAUUAGAGCCUGAACAGCCUCAGUAAAGAUGGGAGACUGGGGGAUUUUGUCCACCUUGCUGGAGCAAGUCCAGUCCCACUCCACUGUGAUCGGGAAGAUCUGGAUGAGCGUCCUCUUCCUGUUCCGGAUCAUGGUGCUGGGAGCGGGCGCCGAGAGCGUCUGGGGCGACGAGCAGUCAGACUUCGUCUGCAACACCCUGCAGCCCGGUUGUGAGAACGUCUGCUACGACUGGACCUUCCCCAUUUCGCACAUCCGAUUCUGGGUCCUGCAGAUCCUCUUCGUGUCCACGCCGACGCUCAUCUACCUGGGCCACGCCAUGCACGUCAUCCAGCAGGAGAAGAAGCUGAGGGAGGCGCUGGCGAGUCCGGACGGGCCGCGGAAACUCAAGCAGCCCAAAUACAGCGACGAGAAGGGACACGUAAAGAUCAAGGGGAACCUGCUGGGCAGCUACCUGACCCAACUCAUCUUCAAGAUCAUCAUCGAGGCCGGCUUCAUUGUGGGACAGUACUACCUGUACGGCUUCUACAUGGUCCCCAUGUUCCCCUGCCAGAAGAAGCCGUGUCCCUUCACCGUGGAGUGUUACAUGUCCCGGCCCACCGAGAAGACCAUCUUCAUCCUCUUCAUGCUGGUGGUGGCCUGCGUCUCCCUCCUCCUAAACGUCAUCGAGUUGUUCUACCUGAUGGUCACCAGGUGUGGGUCCAAGCGCCGCACCCAAAGGGUCACGUCGGCAGAGAACCCCGCCAGCCUGUCGGGCCCCAGGUGGCCGACGACGGAGGACACGUUGAGGCAGAACAAGGGGAACAUGGAGCUGGAGAACCACAGCGUGGGAGGCAGCCUGGACGGAGCCAAAGAGGAGAAACGGCUCCUGAGCGGACAUUAGCUUGUUUUCCAUACCUUCAAGAGACUCGAACCAGAGUGUUCGUUCAAAGAAAGUCAUUGUGUGAUCGUGCAUAUUGUAUACUAACAAAAAUCACCAUAAAUAUCCAACGAGAAGAGUCACACUAGCUGUAUUUCCAUUACAAGUGAGCGCAAAACUUUGUUGAUAUUCCGCUUGAUUUUGCAAUUAAAAUCACACAAAUAAGUCAUUAAAAAACAUGCUGCUCCAUUAUCCACCUGCCACUUCCUGUUGUCUUCUUCAUUGUUUCUGGCAGUAGUAACAUUUAGUUUAUGAUCACAUGAUUUCUGUGAUGCAAAACAAAUGUUUCCGAUACAGUUUUGCUAAACACAAUAUUUUUUAAAUUGACAAAUUUAUUUUAGUAAUUCCAAUUCACUCUGUCAUAUGGUCAAUGGAAAUGCAGCUAUUGAUGAAUUUUUCUUCUUGUUUUAACUUGAAAUCUACGAAUAGAAGUGUGCAAUACUGAUUUUAUUUAUACUAGUGACUGAAAGCGUGAGAAGUUUGUUUAGUGUGUUCUUUGUGUGUUUGUGACACAGAUCUUUUCCAUUAAAAGAUGCUUCCUGUACUAUGAUUACGAUGAUUGUAGCAGAGAUAUUUUUGUAUGGCUUUAUCUCUUUCUAAUAAAUGAUUGAAACUGAA